AUGGAUAUCAAAAACGAAGUAAAACCCACACCCAGUUUGAAACUAAUCAACACGUCAAGUGGGGUUCGAGUGUCACAAGCUUGUGAUCGAUGCAGAAUAAAAAAGAUCAAAUGUGAUGGGCUAUCGCCUUGUCAGAAUUGUAAAAAGGCUGAUUUGGAGUGCAAGACAUCGGAUAAAUUAACCAGAAGAGCAUUUCCUAAAGGAUACACUGAAAAUCUUGAGAAGAAAGUCAAGGCACUAGAGGAAGAAGUUCGGCUUCUACGAGAACACUCGGGUCAUGAUAUAGGAACUAGAGACAUCACUAUGACUCCACAGAAGGGCCCGGUUCCAACAACGAUUCCCACCACUACAACCACCAAUGACAAAGUUUUAUUUCAAACGACAAAUCAAUCUGUGCAAAUCAACAACCCUAUAGACCAAAUUUUUAAUCUUGAUGACCGGGGAAUUAUCAUAGGUAACGAUAAUCUCAAUUUUGAGUCUCAGUUCAACCAUUUGUUGAUCAAUUUACACAUGCCAUUUUUGAAAAUAACCAAUAGUCACAAUUUCCUUCUCAAUGAUCCCAAUAGCUAUUUAUACGACCCUUCAUAUGCCAAAAAUAACCAAGCUCAUAACAAAGACUUGGACUUGGUUUUUAAUCCUUUAACUGGAACGAAUACAAGUUCUCCAGAUGGAGACAUGAAUGACUUGCCACAUGACGUAUAUGACUUAUUUAUUAAAUUGAUUAACAAUUUCAAAAAGGUUUUCAAAUCCAAGACUGAGUUGGAUGCUCAAAUUACACAGUAUUUCCUCAACUACAAUAUUUUCAUUCCCAUUUUUGACUAUACUGAAUUUAUACGAAAUUACGAUGAUUUUCACACAAUGUAUCCAUUUAUAUUUACUUAUGAUGAUUCCACAAUAAACGGGUUCAACUUGUCCAACACCAGCGAUUAUCAACUUGUAAACAGGUUUCUAAUGACAAUUAUCCAGACUUAUGCCAUGAUUUUUAUCAACAACCCCACCAUCAAUUUGAACUUGUUGUUGAACCAUUCGGAUCCUCAUUAUUCUAUAAACAGAGACAAGUCAAUAUUGAAGUCAUUGUUUGAUAUAUUGCCCUACUUUAACGGGUUCCAAAUUUCAACCAGUCAACUUCAAACGUAUUUGCUUUUACUUUACUACUCACUUCUUACCAAUAACAAAGAGAAAUCGUUGAUAUUGUCCUCGCUUAUUAACGCAUUCAUUGGUAUACUAGGUAUCAACUUAAAUUCCAAAAAUUUAUUCUUCAACGACUUGUCAUUGAAUGUGCAACAACGCCGCAAUAGAGUUAAAAUAUUUUGGACUUUUAAAGUAUUAUUGAAAUGCUUCAAUUUAAAGUUUGGUUUCAAACCUAGUCUCAAUACAACAGUGAUUAACCCUGUAACUAUUGAUCGAUAUUUUCAGUUGACACCGGAAAAAUUGUCUUCCUUACUUGGAGAUAAUGACGAUCUUUUCAAUACGUUGUUGAAACCAAGCAUCGAAUUUUUAAAUUUAUUGAAUAUUAUCAUUCCAUCCUCGUUUUCGCCCAAUUAUUACCAGUACUUGAAGCUGGAUAAAAAGAAGAAGGAAAAAGAGCACCCUAAUAAUGCGCAUAGUCACCACCGAUUGGAUUGGAUCUUGAACGAAGAUGACGGAGACGGUAAUGAUGGAAAUUUAAACUACAACUUUAAUCAAUUUUUAACAAUUGAUAAAAACUUGUCAGAUUGGAGACAGUCCUUGAAGAAUAAGGUGUUUUCAUUGAUUCCAUUCAAUUUGGAUUUAGGAUUGCCCAACUUGUUAAACAUAUCACACAAUAAUUUAUAUCACGAUAUGACACAAGAACAUCUAAAACAAGAGGUGAUGAUUCAUUAUUAUCAAACUGGCGUACCUGAUAUGUACACUGCGUCGCAGUUGAUUAAAAUUCAGCUAAAUUUCCAUUACGUACUAAUCAGAUCGAUGAAUUAUCUCAAUUUUAUUGUUGAUAAGGAGUUGGAUUUUGUGUAUUAUAAAGAGAUUGCUGGAAUUGCGCUGGAAGUGUUGCAAUACUUUAACUUGAUAUUCUACCACGCCAGCUUAGCACAGGAGAAAAGAAAUGAUCCAUUGGUGAACUCAAAUUCCAUAGUGAUGGAGAGUUUGGGGUUGGAUGUCGAUGAGGAUGGGUUUGUGAUUAAUGACUUUUCGGUAAAGAGAAGACGAUCCAAUGCUAAACCUAGCGCUGCAAAGCGAGUUAUUAAAGAUAUCCCAAUGUCACCUUUUAACCCAAUGUUGAAUGGGUUGUCCUUAACGGUUAUCAAUUUGAAGAAAUGCAUGGUAUUACAAAUGUUGUAUUUACUUAUUUGCCAAAUGAAGUAUUUGAAAAGGAAUGAGUUGAUUACAAAUAUUAACGACUCGGUCAAUCUUCUCACCAAUUCAGUUGAUUUAUUCAUUACUGUGUUUCUCAAUUAUAAACCAGGUGUUAAUUCCAAGAAAACCAAUGAGGAUAUAUUGUUUAAUAAAUUGAUGAAGGAUGAAUUAAGGCUGGAAAUUUUACAAUAUCAACAGCAACUGCAAAAUGAUGAUACCGAUGACGAAGAAGAGGAAGAUGAUCACGCAAAUGGGUCUGCUGAGAGCAAAUACUACAAAAGUAUCGAUUGGGAUAAUGAAAACUUGGAUGAAGAUUUAAAAUAUCUCAAAAUCUGCAAGUUUAUUAAAUACAAGUCGCUAUCAAUAUUAGAGCAGUACAACGCGUCCAAGAUGAAUCAACUGAUGAUUAUCCCACUGAAUCCAUUCACUCCAGUGUCUUCGUCUGCAUCAGGAUCUGGGUCGACCCACUCAAUAAAGUACGAGUUUGGGAACAAUUUCAACACUAACACCAACGCCACCAUCAACGCCACCAUCAACGCCACCAGCACCAGCAAUAUCAAUAAAGACUUUGGCGCUGCUCAUGAUUUGAUGGAAUUAAAGAGAAGCUACUCCAAUCGAAGCUUGACUUAUCCAAACACUCAACGUCAUGAUCAAUCUAUAUAA